AUGUGGGAUAUCAUCCCAGACUCUACCUUUGGACAACUUCUACGUUUAGCUGGUGGCACGAGGUUGGCCAGAUACCCUGAGGAGCAGCCCAGUUUCCAAGUCCCAGCUGGAUAUCUCGAACCAAUCCGGAUACACGAUUCAUCCUCUUCGAACGAUGGGUCAAACGACGAUAUCGAGCGGGCCAACAAGGAAGUCAAUGUUGCGGUGAUCGGCUGGUACGGCGAGCAUGACCAAGAUAACCCUCACAACUGGUCAUCUGGAAAGAAGCUCUGGGUUGCGGUGUUGUUGUUCGUCUACACUUUCUCGGUCUACAUUGGCUCGUCACUAUACACUGCUAGUACACCGGACAUCAUGGAGAUCUACUGCGUCAGUAAUAUCGUCGCCUCGCUUGGAUUGACCAUGUAUGUACUCGCUUACGGUCUAGGCCCUAUGCUCUUCUCGCCUCUGUCUGAAAUUCCGACUAUCGGGCGGACACUGCCAUACACCACAACUUAUUUUAUCUUUGUCGUUCUUUGUAUCCCAAUGGCUCUGGUGGAUAAUGUCGCCGGCAUUCUCAUUCUACGUUUUCUCCUCGGCUUCUUUGGCUCGCCUUGCCUUGCUACAGCUGGAGCAAGCUAUGGUGAUUUUUAUGGUGCAUCCGACAUGCCCUAUGUAAUUGCUCUAUGGGGUGGCGGAGCAACUCUAGGGCCAGCUCUCGGUCCACUCGUCGCCGGAUUUGCAGUCGAAAAGAUGGGCUGGCGCUGGAGCUCUUGGGAACUACUCUGGCUGUCUGCUCCAACAAUGAUCAUAAUGUUCCUCGCCAUGCCCGAGACAUCGUCCGAUAAUAUACUGCUCCGUCGAGCCCAACGCUUGCGCACCCAAACAGGCCGUACAGAUAUCAAGUCGGAGUCGGAGAUACACCAGUCUACGAUGAGCCCUCGAGAAGUUAUCUUCAAUGCUCUCAUCAAGCCGUGGGAAAUCAAUGCUCUUGAUCCCGCAGUACUCUUCUCCACAUUCUACACAGCCCUAACAUACGGCAUUUACUACUCCUUCUUUGAGUCCUUCCCGCUCGUUUAUGGUGAUAUAUACGGUUUCAAUCUGGGCGAGCAGGGCCUAGCCUUUCUCUCAGUAUUGUCUGGUCUGAGCGUGGCAGUAGUCCUGUUAUGCUGCUACUUCUAUUUCAUCGCCCCCAAACAACUAGGCCAUCUCGAUCCCAUUCCUCCAGAGGCACGCAUCUGGCCGGGUCUCUUCGCGACAUGGCUGAUUCCUAUCGGUCUAUACAUAUUCGCAUGGACCGCCAAUCCCAAAAUUCACUGGAUACCCAGCCUUCUCGGCAUCGCAAUCAGCAUGUGCGGCGUGUUCAUCAUCACCCAGUGCAUGUUCAUCUACCUCCCAUUUACAUACCCCCGGUACGCAGGCUCCCUCUUCGCCGCCAAUGGCUUCGCGCGCAGUCUCCUGGCGGGAGCUUCGAUCCUUUUCUCCCGGCCGAUGUUUGAUGCAAUCGAGGUUUCGGGCGGUGUAACGUUGCUUGCGAGUUCGAGUGUCCUCUGCAUCGUAGGUAUAUAUUUGCUUUACUUAUUCGGGGCGAGACUGCGUGACCGGAGUCGGUUUCCUGGUGUGUGA